AUGGCGUACAGACGUCUUGCGAGCCUUGUCGCAGGUCAAAACUACGCUGUGACCAUUCCACACCGACAUGCCAGCGGUGUGUUCGCCGCGGAAAUCUCCUCGCCACAUAUGCCUGCAGGUUCAGACAAUAAUUGGGACAAGAAAGCCCAAUCGGCCACACCACCUAGGAUCUCCAGACUGACGAGCUGCUUUGGCGUGUCCAGCGAGAACUAUGAGCAUCUAAACGGGAUCCUCGCGCCGCUGGCGACCUUGGAGCACAAUGGGACCAGCUCGAGUCCAAAGCAAGUUCAGCUGGGUGCGCGGCUACUGCUGACCCUGUUUGAGAAUCUGUCGUUCUACGAGACUCUCACGGAAAAUCGUUCAGACAAUUCACCAGAAGGUUGCGUUGUCGGCCAACAGCUCGUCCGUAUUAUCUUUACGGCCUUGAAAGAUAACCACAGACUCCUGGCAAAUGGCCAGGAUGCAAAAGAGCGGUACUAUGAGAACCUGCUAGGGUGGUCCCAGAAACUAUUUGCCGAGACCUCGCAGUCGAUUGAAGUCGGUCCGUCGACGACACCAGAGGAAUAUCUUCGUUGUGUCUCCAAUCGAUGGGAAGGCAUCGCGCUGGUUUUCUCCGUCGUGGGUCAAGGUGCCCUGCUGGAGAGAGACUGGAAGUCUGUAUCUCAGUUAGCAGGUGCUGCACCAGCCGAUCAAAGAUCGCUGGGGAUCCUUGCGGCCACUGCCGGCGAUACUUGUCUUCAAUUUUGCGACUGUUCAGGCAUAAUCCAUGACCCGCUGGGUUGGCUGCUGUAUCAGCAUACCCAUUUGCUAGCUUUGAUCUAUGGUAACAAUGAUUAUCGGGCGUGGCGAGCACUGGCCCAAUUGGCCACUGUGGUAUUUACUCUCGGGUUCAACCAGUCCAAGGUCAACGCGCGCAUGCCCUUCUUUCUGGUGGAGCUCCGUAAACGCCUGAUGGCUAGCGCCUAUAUCAUGGAUAAGCAGCUGGCCACUUUCCUGGGACGACCACCUCAGAUCAUCUGGAGGUACUGCGAUGUGCAACUUCCUCUGGAUCUGCGUUACGACGAGAUCCUUGCGGACCCGGCCACUCGAGAUGCCGCCGUCAACAGACUGGACGCGAACGGUUGGAACAGCCAAGGCAUCAUCCAAACGGCCCAGUGGAUGCGAGUUUCUCUUCUAGUGGGCUCAAUCAGAGAGCAAAUCCUCGAAUUGUCGCUGAGCCGCUGUGUUGAUGACCUUGCCCGGAAGGCCAAGCAAGUGUCUGAUAUCUCCUGCAAAACUUGGGAUGAACUCCCCGGUUUCCUUCGCUGGCGUCCUGGCAGUGCCAGCUCCGAGGACAGUGGCAGUCUCCUCAUUCCUCUCUAUCUUGACUUCCUUUACAAUGAUUUUCUUCUCUCCCGGCUACUGGUCAGACGCUCCCAGACCGAAUCGGACGCCUUGAUCAAUGUCUCACAGACUAUCCUGGGCACGGCUCUUGACCUCAUUGGGAGGGAGAUAGCAUCGGGAACUGGAACAUACAACAUAGGGUGGAACGCGUCUUCAUUUGGCAUCCCGGCUGCUGGCGUCCUCGCAAUCGAGCUGCUGUGCCAAAGUGACGGAUCAUCACGGUCUACUCCAUCGAUGUUCCGACGGCCUGAAACCAUCCAGAACCUGAGCGUCUUUGCAUCCUACCUCCAAUACGUCGUUCUACCACAUGAGGGAAAUUAUGAAAUCUGCCAGCGUGCGCGCCGUAUCCUUUGCCGCAUCCUCAACCAGGCCUUAUCGGUCAAUCCGCCGACGUUGCCCUCUAGUGUACCUACCUCUGCGGUAGCGGCGGAUUGGUUGAAUGGGGAGUCGAUCUUGCUGGACGAUGGGACAAAUCUCCUGGAGUGGAUCGAGAGUCGACUUGAUUAG